GGCGCAGUAGGGGGCGGCGGCGGGUUUGGACCAUGCGUUGGGCGCUGCGGCCCCGAGGCCCGGCCGGGCUGCGGGCGUUGGGCGGCCUGGGCCGUCCUCCUUCCUCCUCCUCCUCCUGCUCCUCCUCGUCGGCGUCCGGCGUCCGGCAGCCCGACCCGGACCACGGCAAGUACCGGGCCACGGUGCUGCUGCCCCGGACCGCCUUCCCCAUGAAGCUGCUCGGCCUCCAGCAGCCAAACACGGAGCUGCACGUCCAGCAGAAAUGUGGGUUUUCAGAACUCUAUUCUUGGCAAAGAGAAAGAAAAUCAAAGGAAGAUUUUUGUCUCCAUGAUGGGCCUCCAUAUGCCAAUGGUGACCCUCAUAUUGGUCAUGCUUUAAACAAGAUCUUAAAGGACAUCGCUAAUCGGUUCCAUAUGAUGAGAGGUUCUAAGGUCCAUUACGUGCCAGGUUGGGACUGUCAUGGCUUACCCAUCGAAUUAAAAGCACUGUCAGAAUUUGGAGGAGACACCCAGAGUCUUUCCCCGAUGGAAAUUAGAGAGAAAGCAAGAGAAUUUGCAAAAGCAGCCAUUGCAAAACAGAAAUCUGCAUUUAUUCGCUGGGGCGUGAUGGCAGACUGGGACAAUUGCUACUAUACGUUUGACGGAAAGUAUGAGGCCAGACAGUUGAAAGUUUUCCAUCAAAUGUAUGAUAAGGGUUUGGUUUAUAGAGAUUUCAAGCCUGUUUUUUGGUCUCCUUCUGCAAGGACUGCAUUGGCCGAAGCUGAACUAGAGUACGUUCCUGAGCACGUGAGUCGUUCUGUCUAUGUCAGAUUCCCACUGCUGAACCCUCCUCCUCAAUUGGCCUCCUUAUUAGAUGGCUCAUCCCCUGUUAGCGUUCUGAUCUGGACCACCCAGCCCUGGACAAUUCCAGCUAAUCAAGCAGUUUGUUACAUGCCCAAACUGAAGUAUUCCCUCGUGAAGUGCUCGAAUUCUGGAGAACUUUACAUUCUGGGUGCUGAGCGAGUAGGAUCAGUAGCUGCAACUUUUGGAACAAGGUUUGAAGUCAUUUCAACCUUUGUAGGAGCGGAUUUGGAAAGUGGUUCUUGUGCUCACCCAACGAUUCCUGGCAGAGUCUCCCCUCUCCUGCCUGCAAACCAUGUAACAAUGACUGCAGGAACUGGGUUGGUUCACACGGCCCCAGCUCAUGGAAUGGAAGACUACAGUGUGGCGUCCGAUCACAAGCUGUCGAUGGACUGUUUAGUGGAUGAAAAUGGAGUUUUCACAGAAGGAGCAGGAAGUGAACUUCAAAAUAAGAGUGUCCUUGAAGAAGGAACUGAUAUUGUGAUUAAAAUGCUUCAGUCUGCAAGCAAUUUGCUGAAGGAGGAGAAAUUUAUCCACAGUUAUCCCUAUGACUGGAGGACCAAGAAACCAGUAAUUAUCCGUGCCAGCAAACAAUGGUUUGUAAAUAUAUCAGAUAUCAAGGCUACGGCUAAGGAAUUAUUAAAAAAAGUGAAAUUCAUUCCUGGAUCAGCCAUGAAUGGUAUGUUGGAGAUGAUGGACAGGCGGCCGUAUUGGUGUAUAUCAAGACAAAGAUGUUGGGGUGUGCCGAUUCCUGUUUUUUAUCAUAAGACGAAAGAUGAAUUCUUGUUAAACAGCCAAACGAUGGAGCACGUUAUUAAAUUAGUGGAACAGCAUGGCAGCGAUGUGUGGUGGACACUUCCUCCCGAACAGCUUUUGCCCAAAGAAAUCGUGACUCAGAGUGGCGGGCCUGAUGGCUUGGAAUAUGUACCAGGCCAGGAUAUUUUGGACAUCUGGUUUGACAGUGGAACAUCCUGGGCUCAUGUUCUGCAAGAUACCGGCCAAAGCGCAGAUGUGUACAUGGAAGGAAAGGAUCAGCUUGGAGGAUGGUUUCAGUCUUCAUUAAUAACUAGUAUUGCAACGCGGAAAAAGGUCCCUUACAAAACUGUAGUUGUCCACGGGUUCACUCUUGGAGAAAAGGGAGAAAAGAUGUCGAAAUCUCUUGGGAAUGUAGUUGACCCUGAUGUCAUCAUCAACGGAGGCCAGGAUCACAGCAAAGACCCACCCUACGGCGCCGACGUCCUUCGCUGGUGGGUGGCCGAUUCGAACGUCUUUGCCGAUGUGACAAUUGGCUCGGCUUCACUGGCUGCAGCCAGAGAAGAUGUUAACAAGCUGAGGAAUACAGUCCGCUUUCUUUUGGGCAACUUGGCCGGUUUCAAUCCAGAGACAGAGUCCAUCCCCACUGAAGAGAUGUAUGUCAUAGACCAGUUCAUGCUACACUUGUUGCAGGAUUUUGCAAAUAAGGUUACGGAGGCCUACAAGCAGUAUGAUUUUGGAAAGGUCAUCCGGCAGUUACAAGUAUUCCAGAACAGAGAACUGUCCAAGUUUUACUUCAGCAUCAUCAAAGACAGGCUGUAUUGCGAAGGGGAGAAGGACCCCAAGCGGCGCUCCUGCCAGACCGUGCUAGCGGAGAUCCUGGAUGUGGUGGUCCGCUCUUUCGCCCCGAUCCUUCCUCAUCUGGCCGAAGAGGUGUUCCAGCAUCUCCCCUUCGAGAAAGAACCCAAAGGGGUCUUUCGGACCGGAUGGUGUAGCACGAGUCCCGUCUGGAAGAAACCUGGGUUGGAGGAAGCGGUGGAGGGUGCCUGUGCCAUGAGAGAUUCAUUCCUCGGAAGCAUCCCCGGCCAGAACGCCACCCAGUUCAACGUGGUCAUCGUCAUAGAGCCCGGACUGCUUUUCGAGAUAAUGGAGAUCCUGCAGGCCGAAGAGACUUCUAGCACUUCCCAGCUGAAUGAGCUGAUGAUGGCCUCCCAGACAACGCUGCUGGCCCAGGAUCCUAUAGACCUCCCAGCCGACGUCACCGAGGUUAAAGGGACUUUUCUGAUCAACUUGGAAGGCGGCGAUAUCCGUGAAGAGUCAUCUUAUAAAGUCAUAAUCGUUCCGACUACCAAAGAGAAGUGCCCCCGUUGCUGGAAGUACACGUCCGAGUCUUCCGAGACACCUUGCCCCCGCUGCCUAGAAGUUAUCGCUGGGAAGUAGCUGGCGCCUCUCCGUCUCUAACAAAACAGCUUAGUGCUCACCGAGCCAGCUUUGAUAGGUUUGAAACGGUCGGGAGCUUAAGCACCCGUCUCCGGGUGACAGGGAAGAACAGGAGCGGGGAUUGUGUGUGUGUGUACUAAGGCUUGGCUUCUAUUUAUUACCUAGCGUUAAAGAGGCCGUAUAAAUGGCCGGGGACCCUGUCGACGCAGAGAUUCCUUCCUAGCUCUGGAAUACAGGAGUGACGGGGGCAAGAAACACCUCCCUCCUCCUGGCUGGUAUCAGGCCUUUGAUGCGUGCUGUGGUUUGUCUUCGGCAAAGGGAGCAGAGUAGAAACCUUCUAAUGUUUUAUAUUUUGUAAAUAUUAUUCUCUGGCAGAAGCGGGCCCAGAGUUCUGUAACGUUUGAAAAUAAAGACCUACCGGAGCAGUCGA